AGGGCGCGGAGGAUCGGCCGGGAACAAGUUCCGUAUGUCGCUGGGUUUGCCGGUGGCGGCGACGGUUAACUGCGCCGAUAACACUGGGGCUAAAAACCUCUACAUUAUUUCCGUCAAGGGCAUCAAGGGUCGCCUUAACCGGCUGCCGUCAGCUUGUGUGGGUGAUAUGGUGAUGGCUACUGUGAAGAAGGGGAAGCCUGAUCUCCGGAAGAAGGUCAUGCCUGCUGUCAUUGUUCGUCAGAGAAAGCCUUUUCGCCGAAAGGAUGGAGUUUUCAUGUACUUUGAAGAUAAUGCUGGCGUUAUAGUAAAUCCCAAGGGUGAAAUGAAAGGUAUGCAAUGCUAUUUAGUAAUCAUAAAAUUUGUUAUGCAUCAACUUAACCGUAUUUGACUAUUUUAUAAUAAUAAAUCCCACAGAGCAUUUGUAUGGCUUUACAUUCCCACAAUAAGUAGCUGAUUUAUGGUGCUUUCUUGCUGGCUUAGGUUCUGCAAUUACUGGUCCAAUAGGUAAAGAGUGUGCUGACUUAUGGCCCAGAAUUGCUAGCGCAGCAAAUGCAAUUGUCUGAAGUCAAGAUUGCUCUGUGUUGUACUCUGGGAUUUCGCUUAGUCUUCAUCUUUGUUAAUUGCCCAAGUCUUGAAUUCAAAAAUACUUCCGAAGUAAAAUGAACUCUGAAUUUUCAUCAGUCUCAUUUCAGUGUCUGUUUUGCAAUAGGACGUAUAAGAAAUCACAUCUCUACAUUUUUCGUGUUAUAAAUUCUCAACCAGACUCAAAACGCCUACUGUAGCAUUAUUGCUUUAUCUUUUGAUAUUCCAAUCCGAGUGUUCUCAUAUUAAUUAGUUCAAAAAUCUUAAUGUCUAAUUAGUAGUAAUUUUAAUCCUAAUUGGAACCUUGCCUAAUAUUUCUCUUAUAAUAGUUACA